CGUAAAUCUUUGUUAACCUUGAGGAUUUUACAUUCAGCUGAGAUAGCUCUAGUUGGUUACCAGCGAGAUUUAAGAACAUGUGCUUUAAACAAAAUUAGCGAACUUCUGUGUUGGUUUUAACGUUAGAAAUUGAGAUGGAGGUAUCCGGAAAGAGACGUGACCCUGACAUUGACAAAGGCUGCGGAGAAAAAACACAGAUGGAGGUAUCUGGAAAGAAACGUGAUCCUGACCUUGACAAGGGCUGCGGAGAAGAAACACAGAUGGAGGUAUCUGGAAGGAGACGUGACCCUGGCCUUGACAAGGCCUGCGGAGAAGAAACACAGAUGGAGGUAUCUGGAAAGAGACGUGAUCCUGACCUUGACAAGGGCUCCGCAGACACAACUGUCUACUGCCAGCCGUGCGAAGAGGGCGGGAAACGGGCUGUAGGGUAUGGCUUCUGUCAGACCUGCAAGGAGUACAUGUGUGAUCCUUGUAUCGAGGCCCAUACGAUGUUCAAGGUGUCCAGGAACCACAUUAUUUUGUCCAAAGAGAAGAUGCUGUCCUUCUACCAAGCAGCCAAGCAGGUCAAUAUCUGCGACACGGAGUAUUGUAAAGUCCAUACAAAUGCGAUGGUAAAGUUUUACUGCCCGACCCACAGGUCCCUUAGCUGUGGUAUAUGUGUCGUUUUUGAUCAUAGCAGCUGUAAACUCGACUACAUUGUUGACGUGACUAAAGAGUUCGUCAAUGGAAAAGAAUUUAUACAGCUUAGACUAUUGAUUAACCGAGCUGAUGACCUACUAUCUGGGUCCACUACCAAUGUCAAGGAACUUUUGGACGAGGUCGAAAAUCAUUCAAAAAAUGAGAUCGAAAGACUGAUAAUGUUCCGGGCUGAAAUCAAUGCCUAUCUCGAUUGCCGUGAGAGGGAGUUACGUGAUAGCAUGCAGAAAAUGAAAGACGAAGACGUUAGUCAGCUAAAUUCACUUAACACUGAUUGUCAGUCGGCGAAAGCUGAACUUGAAGCCAUGAUGUCAGAGCUGAAUUCGGGGAAGUUAUCAGUGCACCAACGGUACAUGGCGGCGCGGAUAGUCAAGAUGGAGCUACCGAAGAUUCUGGACGAGAUUGAGAAGAUGGCUGGCCGGAUGAAGAUCCGUAAGUUCCGGUUCAAGAGGGAUCCGGAAACAGGGCGUCUGCUUGAAUCGAAAACUCCUCUUGGGACAGUUGACAUAGAGGGCCAUGUUCCUGACCUUGCUACUGUGACAUGGAAGAAAAAGGCUAACAUCUACGUCAGAACGUCACUGGACCGGAAUUCCUGCUUCAUCACCGGUUCCACAAUGCUUUCGCCUGGACUCCUUCUCAUGACAGACCGCUACAACAACAGUGUCAAACUAGUGGAUGUUACCACCCGCGCGAUCACUUCUCAACUCCAGCUGCCAGACAGGCCUUGGGACGUCUGCGCGAUCCCCGAUGACCAGGCUGCCGUCACUCUCCCAGCAAAAUCAAUGAUCCAGCUAUUUUCUUCAAAGGGAUGCCAGUUGUCGUAUGGAAAGCAAAUAAAUGUUUCCUGUGAUUGCCAUGGUAUUGUGUUUAUGAACAACAAAUUAUAUGUAUCUUACAUAACAAACCCGCGUAUUGAAGUAAUGACAAUAGAUGGUCAGAUAGUUACUAAAUUUAAAAAUAGAAUUUGGAAACAACUUUUCCGAAAACCAUAUUACCUGACAAUGUCAGCUUCUACACCGCCGACCAUAUACGUGUCUGACAAUGGUUCUAACAGUGUCCUACAGCUUUCCCUGGACGGGAAGGUCUUGCGAGAAUACCGGGACAAGCAGCUCCGUAGUCCCAUGUCCGUGGUGAAGGUAUGGCCUGGCCAUCUGCUCGUUUGUGGUGAGAUUAGCCUAAACUUGAUGCUUCUGACGGAGGGAGACGGCAAGAUGACGGAAAUACUGCGAAAAAUUGAUGGACUGUCCAAGCCCUACUCAGUGGCCUUCUGUCCGCACACACGUUGUUUACUUGUAGGGAUGGGCAGUUAUGACUCACUUAAGGUCUUUAAAGCGUAGUUAUAUUGUUUCCCCUGAUCCAAUCUUUUUCGGGAGACAUUAUCUCACGUUUAAGCAAGCAGAAAACGUCCAUUUUUACGAGUGGCAAACUCGUGAAAUAUAACUUAUAGUGCUCACACAGUGAACUAUAUCGCAUCUUACACUGAAACAAACAAUUCCAUUUUUAUGUUUUUGUCGAAUGAUAAUCAUCAGGUGCUAUAUUGUAAUAAUUAAACGAAAUGUUUAAUUUAGUUCCUCGAAUUAGUUGCCGAAACGUACCUAAUUAUUGUGUUGUUUAUAUGUGCCCUUUUCAUGUAUAUUUUGUUGUUCACAUCGUCGUUUUGUUCCUUAUAAAUAUCAAUUCAUCUACCAGAAUGCUUCGAAAAGUUUAAAGAAAGCUUUGAAUGUGAAGAAUAAGUAAGUAAGUAAGUAAAUUGUUUAUUAUAGUGACAUGUGUACAUAGCAUAAUAACAUUUCAUAAUGAAUAGUUUUACAUUUACACCCUAUAUGUCACCUAUUUAUCGGCGGUAUAUGGAGAAUAUUUAGUUAAAACUAAAAUUAUAUGUAAUUUAGUAAAGUUUAGAACAAGAAAUAAUCGACUAUCAGUUGAAGUAGGAAGCUGAUAUAUGAUAGAAAAUGUGGACUAUGUGAUAAAAACAGUAUUGGUGAUGAAUUCCAUUAUGUACUAGAAGGUAGCUAUUUAACAAAAUAUAGAAUAAGAUUUAUUUAGGGAAAAUUAUACCAAUAUCCUAAUGUUUUGAAAUGUAAAGAAAUUAUGAAAAUCGAUCCCAAAGAAAAUGUAAAUAAAUUUGGUUUAGAGUAUAACACUCUGUUUUCUUCCAUAAUAAAAUGUGUAUUUGUAUGAACAGAUUUAAUAAGUUUCAAUAACUUAAACGUAUUAAUAAUCAGGAAAAUCUGAAUAAAUAUCAGUAUUAUUAUGUUCAAUAUGUUUGUAAUGCCUCGUUAUGUUGUAUUAUAUUUUUUUUAUUCAUUCUCAUUUUGUCAUGUAUUUUUGACACGAGUAAAGUUGAUUAAACUUGAAACUUG